CUCUGCGUUUACUUUGGUUUUGAUAAAUCUUGUUUGGAUUUAUAUUUCUAAUGGGGCGCAAUUGCCCGCGGACUCGUGAAAUAGUAACAUUAAAUGUAAAUUAGCAAAUAGUGGGGAAAUAGUGUUCUAAAAAUUGUUUUCGUCAAUUGAAGGUUGCUUUUUUGUUAUUUUGUGUGAUUGUGGUGCACUGGAAUUAUAACAUUACGGGCCCCAUAUUGACUAUGAUCGUCCGGCCGCGUGCUUAAAUAGGAGUAUCGGUUUGUGUGUGUUGAUUUUGGUGGAUCUUCUCAAGGCAUCUCGUAUUCACGUAUCUCGAAUAAAUUGUCGUGGUCGCAAUCGUUUGCGCUUUGGAGAAGUAGAGGUGGCAUUGGGGCGCACUCGUACACAACGUGUGCAGACACUCACACUACAACUUUGUGGUCUAACAAGCACAGACAGAUGUAUGAAUACACAGCAAUAACGAACAAGAACGCGUGUAUGUGUUGUUAUUGUUGUUGGCUUAUUUUCUUUUUGCAAAAGACAACGAUUACUAGUAUGAGGCUAAACUAAAUACGAGAAGGCAGCAUAAAAUGAAAGUGGUGCAAAUGGAUUUGAAAAUGAAGUAGUGGAUAUCAGGACUAAAAAAAAAAUUAAUGCGAUUGAUGUAUGCAAAAAGUUACAGCACUGCUGAUAACAGUCUUGACUGAUUUAUACGUAUAGCAAAAACAAGAAAAGUUUCUGACAUUGUUUCUACUGUGUAAAAAACCAAAUAAAACUAAAUAAAAAUUUUGGUAAAAAAAUAAACAAUUUUUGAAACCAGCUGCUACUUAUAAUAAUUUUAAUAAUCACCCAUAAUGGAUUUGAACACAGAUAAUGAAAAAGAGGUACUCUGCGAGAAAAUCAUUAACGACAUACAUGCGGUAUUCCUUAAGGAUCCAGACCUCUCCACAUUCGAAAUAAUACCGACCUCUUUGAACCGCAACAAAUCUCCAGUCAUUCAUGCUGAACAUCAUCUUGGUUUGGAGUCGUGGUGCAUGAAGCAUGUUUAUCACCAUGCGCACAAAACGAUAAUCGGCUACCGGCGCCAGCAUCAGCAGCGCUAUCUGCAGCACAGCGAUGUGCUGUUGAAAUAUCUGAAUGUUGCUCUGCUUAUUAAUCCGGAUGUGACCACAUUCUGGCACAUACGCCGCCAAAUGGUGCAGACGAAUCACUUGGAAAUAAAUUGCGAAUUCAAAUUUUCCGCUUUGAUAUUGUCGAAGAAACCGAAAUCGAGCGAGGGUUUCUCAUACCGACGCUGGCUGUACUCGUUUCAGAGUCACGACGCCAUCGAUUGGCCAAGCGAGUUCGGCAUUUGCGAACGUUGCGCCGAUCGAAGCGCAAAUAACUACCACGCGUGGACACAUCGCAUGUGGGUAUUGCAAAAUGAUCGCGAUCUAAUAUGUUCCGAAUUGAUGAUGACCGAAAAGUUUAUGCGUAAACAUAUCAGCGACUACAGCAGCUACCAUUACCGCCAGACGUUAAUACAACACGCCUAUGAAUUGUGUUACUAUGAAACGGAUGAGAUGGAACAUUUGCAUAAUCUAAAGGAUCUGAUCAGUUACUAUAUGGCUGAUGAUUUGGAAAUACUGAGCACCACAGACGUACUGGAAAUAAUGUUGCCCGGUGUUGAUAAGGCAGCCAUUGGAGAGCCGCGUCUUAGCUCAUUCCUCUAUUGCUGCAAUUUAGCAGCGCACGAUAUACGCCUAUGCGACGACCAAAAGAAUAUGUAUAACGAACGCGAAUCCUUCGAAAAUCAUCGGCGCGCCUCGUUGCGCUUCAUUGUUGAGAAUUGUGUGCGUUUGCUGCUAGGCGAACUGCCCGGUCUCUAUCUGGCGCCACGCACAUAUGCGCAGUUGCAGGAAUUCAAUGCAGCGCUGCAGAAAUUCGAUUACGCCUCGUACACAUUUUUGGCGGCGCUAAAACGGUCGGAGAGUAUGCUGGGUGAGAACCAUCGGAAAUGGUGUAAAAUAUUUUUGGGCUUCAACUAUGCGUGAGGCGGUUCGGAGUGAUGGGCACAAACAGCAGUUAAUAUUGCGGUUGCAGUUAACACAUUUUUGAGUUUUAUGGAGGCGAAACCAUUUUAAA